UUUGUUUUUUACCGCCAUAGCUUUUCUCUUUCUAAGUUCCUUCCACAUUCCCGGUACACUUGCUUCGCCAAGUGUCAAGGAGCUUGAUCUCAAUUGUAGCUAAUCUUCAAUCAGUUUUCUGUUAAUUUUUCUAGAAAUUCUCCCCGUCCGAUCUUUUCUUCUUGAUGAAGUUUAAUUUACGGCUUCAGCUGCGCCGAUGAUGCUUGGAAGCGGUUCUUGAAUCUGAGAGCCUGUAUUUUCUUCAUCGGGUGGAGAGGAUUUAUGUGGUUGGAUUUGCAGCAGAAGGUUAACUUUCAUUAUGGGGUUUGACAGCGAGUGUAUAUUGAACAUUCAGUCUCUUGCUGGGGAGUAUUUCUGUCCUGUCUGUCGCUUGCUUGUUUACCCACAUGAAGCAUUGCAGUCACAGUGCACUCACUUGUAUUGCAAGCCUUGUUUAACUUAUGUAGUUUGCACUACCAGGGCUUGCCCAUAUGAUGGCUACUUGGUUACAGAAGCGGAUUCUAAGCCACUCGUUGAGUCAAAUAAAACUCUUGCUGAUGCUAUUGGAAAAAUAGCUGUUCAUUGCUUGUAUCACAGGAGUGGGUGCACUUGGCAAGGGCCAUUGUCUGAUUGUGUAACUCAUUGUUCUGGAUGUGCCUUUGGCAAUUCCCCUGUUUUAUGCAAUCGUUGUGGAAUUCAACUUGUACACCGGCAAGUACAGGAGCACGCACAAACUUGUCCAGGUGUGCAACCUCAAGCACAAGCAGAUGGUGCUCAAGGCACCACAGCCAGUGGCACGGCAGCUGCUACUGAUCAAGGCCAGUCUGCUGAAAUGACAAAAUCUCACGUCCAAUCUACACGGAGUGUAGCAGUUAGUGCACCUGCACAGGAUCCCAAUCAGCAGGCCAACACAAGCUCCCAGGGUCCAGCUGUUGUUCAAGCUGCUACGCCGACUUCAGAACAGUGGUAUCAACAGCAACAACAGUAUCAGCAAUAUUAUCAGCAGUAUCCUGGAUAUGAUCCUUAUCAGCAGCAGUACCAGAACUAUUCCCCUUACCAGCAGCAGACAGUUGUUCCGUUUCAGCAGCCACAGUCAUCUCAGGCUCUUCCUUCACAUGCGGCUGCCCAGCAACAACCUCAGGCGCACAUCCAGCCACAGCCCCAGCCACAGCCGCAGCCGCAGCCUCAACCCCAGCCUCAAUCACAACCCCAAGUUCCUGUCCAUUCCCAAUCCCAACCCCAACAUCAGGCUCAAUCCCAGCCUCAAUCUCUACCACAACCUCAACCCCUACCUCAGCCACAUGGUCCGUCUCAAUCACAUAUGCACGUCCAAAUGCUGGCAGUUGGUCCAUCUCAGAACCAGGGACAAGUUAACCCUCAGCAGCAACUAUAUCAUGCUGCAACCCCACAUUCUCAGAUCCAACCGCAGAGUCACCCACCAGCACAUGGCCAAGCACAACCUCAACCUCAGUCAUACCCCCAAGCUCAGCCCAGUUCGCAGCAACUUGUGCAUAUGCCACCACAUCAGCAGCCUCAUUCCCAGAUGCCACCACAUCAGCGUCCUCCUUUCCAUCCGCCUCACCAUCCUGUUUCUCGGCUACCACCCCAUUCACAAGCCCCAGCUCAACACCAUUCUCAGCUUCCUAAUUCACAAACUUGACUAGGCAUUUACGUUCGGGUGAGCCUACUCCUUUUGGUUCACAUCCUGGUCACUUUCGAAUAGAAGAUCUGUCUCUGCUUGGCAACUUUGAUCCAUUUGGUGGAGGGCAUAGGCCCAAUCAUCGACGACUUGGCGAGCCUGGGUUUAGAAGCAGUUUUUCUCAUCAGGUGCUUGCAGAUGAUGGUCGAUUUUUUGCAGGGGACAUUGAUUCUUUUGAUGACUCAAGGAAGAGGAAACGAAACAAUAUGGGAUGGUGUAGGAUUUGUAAAUUUGAUUGUGAAACAGUUGAAGGCUUGGAGCUUCAUUCACAAACUAGGGAGCACCAAAAGAUGGCUAUGGAUAUGGUGCAGAGCAUCAAACAAAAUGCAAAGAAACAUAGAGUAACUCCAAAUGAUCGUUCCUCUGAAGAUGGCAAGACAAAGAAUGUAGGUCUUGAGAACCGUGGGAAAAAGCAUUAAAUUUGCAGCUCUUCUCAUCAGACUCAUGGAUUCCGUGUUACUGGAGCCAAUUUUGUUUCCUUGGUUGCUGCCUUAUACGAAGAUGGUUUUUGGGGAUGAAGUUCUGUGGCAUUUAAAAUGGUGGAAAGAAGAACUGGGGAGUCUAACAGCUGAGGUGUCUUUCUUCAUAAGCUGAGGUGUCUUUUAUGUCUUUCUUCAUACAAGAAGAGGCAUCUUUGAGUUUGGUUAACCUGAGGAGUGGUAUAGGGCUAUUUACAAAUUGCCAAGUCCAUGAAUAAAGAUUGAGCUUAUUGUAAAGCAUGCUUCUAAACUGUGUUAACGUGUGUCAUUUUAACUAUUUUUCUUUUGUUUUCUUGUUUAAUUAUAGGGUGUAUGUGUUUCUUAUCCAAAAUAAUUGAAUUAUAGGGGGUAUGACCAGUUUUAAGUUUAGAGGAGAGUCAUGUUCUCAAUGAGGAUAAAUAUAACACACUAAUUUGUUUUGGAAGUACGAGCAUUCGCCCUUGGCCCUGUAGACAUUUGCACCACUGUGUUUUGGUGGAUUUGAUCUGACAUGGGAGUGUGGUAUGGAUGGAGUAAAUUAUAUCAGAAGGAAUUUCUGUGAGAGUUACAUAUUUAGAAAAUUUACAAGCUGAUGUUGUUCAUACUGAAGGGAUGAAUGUAGGCAGAUAUCCAAGAAGAAGACGUAGGUUUUUUUUUUUUUUUUUUUUUUCUUCUUUCUUUUAAAAAUAGAAAUGAUGUAUUAGUCACAAAAAAGGAUCAAUCACUUUGGGGUAGAGAAAACCACUAACCAAAGACUACAAAAAGAUUACAAAAGAAGAGCCUUCUAGUUAUUAAUGAUCACAUGAAAACUAUUAGUACAAAAUAAUUUCUCAAGGCUAGAACACCACCAAGGAGUCGUAUGCUGUACACUAACUAGAUAAAGAAUUCUACGAAGUUGACUUUUAAAAAAACCUCUUGUUUCUUUUCUUCCAAAUAUGCCAAAGGAGGCCUA